AGGAAAGUUAAAUGAAGAAAUAUUGUUUGAUGGCGUGGCAAAUGUUCAUGAUAAUUGUUCUUGUCGACUCCCAAAAUCCAAACGGUUUCAUCAACGUGGAUUGCGGUCUGUCGGGCUACGAAUCUCCUUACACAGAACUCAUGACUAGGUUGACAUAUACCACAGACGCAGAUUUAGUGGAAAGUAGGGAAUCUGGUAGAAUCGAUAAAAUAUUUGAGACCAUGUAUCCAAGGCCCUAUUGGACCGUCAGAAGCUUCCCAAAACCUGAACGAAAUUGUUAUAAAAUUAACACCGAGCGGGAAACAAAGUAUUUGAUCAGGGCCACGUUCCUAUAUGGAAACUAUGACGGGCGUAACACUGUCCCCAGCUUCGAUCUCUAUCUUGGUCCAAAUCUGUGGACAAUGGUAGAAGCUAAUAGUACUACUAUGGAGGUCAUCCACCAUACCGCAUCUCAGUCGUCUUUACAAAUAUGUCUGGUUAACACAGGAUCAGGCACGCCGUUCAUAAACGUCUUAGAGCUACGACCACUGAAUCUAGAUGCGUACACUACUCCAAGUGGUUCACUCAAGAUGUUGUUCCGGUGGUAUCUUGGAAAUCCAGAUGGUGGAAUGAUUCGGUACCCCAGUGAUGUCUACGAUCGUUAUUGGUAUCCACCAUCCCAGCAGAAGCACUUGAUACCAAUAACUACGACUCUCAACGUAGAUACUAAGAAUGAUUAUAAUCCGCCAGAAACGGUAAUGGCGACCGCGGCGACGCCCCGAGACGCUAAUGCGAGUUGGACUGUCGAAUGGAUCGUAGAGCCUCCUAAUACUCAAUGUUACCCUUACGUAUACUUUUCAGAGCUUCAGACUCUAGGGGCAAACGAAACAAGGGAGUUCACAAUGUUCCUGGCUGGAGCCGAUUUUCAUAGCCCUAUUAGUCCCGGACCAUUAAUUACAACAACGAUAUUUGACAGGUUGCCAACUCAGUGUGAUGGGAAAUGUGUAUUGGAGCUCACGAAAACAUCAACGUCAACUCUUCCUCCAGUGCUUAGCGCUAUUGAGGUAUACACCGUAAUGGAUUUUCCGCUUGUGGAGACAAAUGAAGAUGAUGUUACUGGUAUCAAGGAUGUUCAAGGUACCUAUGAACUGAAUAAACUGAAUUGGCAAGGAGACCCGUGUACCCCCAGACAGUUUUUGUGGGAAGGUCUGAAGUGCGACCACUCGGAUAAUUCUACGCGACCAACAAUUAUUACUUUGGACUUAUCUUCAAGUGGUCUAACGGGGGUUAUCGCUGAAGCCAUUAGAAACCUUGCGCAUUUACAACAUCUGGAUUUGUCAAACAACAGUUUGAGCGGCGGUGUACCUGAGUUUCUGGCCGACAUGUCAUCACUCUUGGUCAUAAACUUAAGUAGUAAUAACCUAAGUGGCUCGGUUCCUCAAACACUUGCCCAGAAAAAAAGAAUGAAGCUGAAUGUUGAAGGCAACCCACUUCUCAUUUGCACAACCGGGACAUCAUGUGUGAAUAAACAAGGAAAAGAUGGAGAUCGCAUAAAGAAUGUUGUUAUAGCUGUAGUGGUUGCUUCUCUUGCUCUUCUUAUAAUAACUGCACUUCUUAUCUUAUUCCUUUACCGUCACAAAAGGAGACCAAGUGUUGUUGAAGGGCCACGAUCAAAUAUGCAAGAACUGGAUGAUCUACCUCUACCUAUUGGCAUAUACUCGGAGAUUUCUCUUUGAAAUAUCUUCUGUUUCAAACAAUGUGAUUG